AUGAUUUUUAAGAUGAAUACCUACCUUGGCAAUAAAUCCAAUUCAUCGAUACCUGGAUAUUUGAAGGGGUCUGCACUAAAUAAUGGCAAUCUUUCUGCAAACAACUCCAAUGAGACAGCAAGCAACCUGGAUUCACCUGCCUUGGAUGUCAAUAGGGCGAUAAUUGUGGGGCUUAUCCUCGGUGCCUUUAUACUUUUUGCUAUUGUAGGUAAUAUCCUGGUCAUUCUCUCUGUUGCUUGCAAUAGGCAUUUAAGAAUCCCUACAAACUAUUUCAUAAUUAACCUCGCAAUAGCAGAUUUGUUGCUGAGUUUUACUGUCCUUCCAUUCUCUGCUACACUGGAAAUCCUUGGCUACUGGGUUUUGGGGAGGAUAUUUUGUGAUAUCUGGGCAGCAGUUGAUGUGCUUUGCUGUACAGCUUCUAUUUUAAGUCUAUGUGCAAUUUCUAUAGAUAGAUAUAUAGGGGUACGUUAUUCUCUCCAGUAUCCAACUUUGGUGACAAGAAGAAGGGCAAUUUUAGCUCUCGUAGGUGUCUGGGUCCUUUCCAUGGUGAUUUCUAUUGGGCCUCUUUUGGGCUGGAAAGAACCAGCACCCAAGGACGACAAAGAGUGUCGUAUCACUGAAGAACCAUUCUAUGCUUUGUUUUCUUCCUUGGGGUCAUUUUACAUUCCUUUAAUCGUCAUCCUUGUGAUGUACUGUCGGGUCUACAUAGUGGCAAAAAGGACUACUAAAAACCUGGAAGCUGGGGUUAUGAAAGAAAUGUCCAACUCCAAGGAGCUGACUUUACGGAUUCAUUACAGGAACAUUCAUGAGGACACAUUAAACAGCACCAAACCCAAGGGUCACAAUCCCAGGAACUCCUUAGCUUUCAAACUUUUUAAAUUCUCUAGAGAAAAGAAGGCAGCCAAGACGUUGGGAAUUGUGGUUGGCAUGUUUAUCUUGUGCUGGCUACCUUUCUUCAUUGUUCUGCCGUUAGGAUCUCUGUUUUCAGCUCUGAAGCCUCCUGAAACAAUCUUCAAGGUGAUUUUUUGGCUUGGCUACUUUAACAGCUGCUUGAAUCCAAUCAUCUACCCUUGCUCAAGCAAAGAGUUCAAGAGGGCUUUUAUACAGAUCCUAAAAUGCCAGUGCCAUCGUCGAAAGCAGUUGGGGUGGUGGGCCUACAGCUACAGAAACUGGAACCGGUGCUCCUUUGAACACCCCAGGAAAGACUCUCUGGAAGACAGUGGGAGUUUCCUGAGUGGCAGCCAGAGGACAUUAUCUUCAGCAUCUCCCAGUCCUGGCUACCUGAGCAAAAUCACCCACCCACAUAUGGAGAUGUGCACAUUCCAGGAAUGGAAAAAUUCCAGCUCUUUCCUGAGCCCCUUACAGGAAGGCAGCAGACAAAAGGACCCAUGCCAGUUCUUUACCUUCAAUCUCUUAGCAGAGCGCAAUGGAUAUGUUCCUGCUGGCAGCCAAGCUUCCAGCAAUGGGGACCAUGAGGCCAUCUGUGACACACUGAACGGCAAAACUGACUGUAGAGCAAACCUGCCACUGGAAUGA